GAACCCCUCUCGGUCCUUAUUUGCCUUGCAACAACAGAGGCACUCUUCCAAGUGAAGAAGUUCGAAAUGGCUCUUCCUUCAACUAAGCAGCCACAAACAUCACACACUCUCACAUUCACCUUCUUAAUCUUCCUACUUCUUCCACUCUGCACCCCACUGGGUGCUAACACAGAUUUUUCGGGAUCAGCAUGCCUCAAAGUUUCUCCUACCCAUUUUGGAGGCUCAGUGAGGGAAGUUAUUAGCGCCUUACAAGAAAUUUCAUCCAUUUUGUCACGCUUCUCCCAUGGCUUUGGUAACUUCCGUCUUUCUAAUGCCGUUACUGACUGUCUCGAUUUGCUUGACUUUUCCUCUGACGUCCUUUCGUGGUCUCUCUCCGCUACUGAGAAUCCCAAAGGGAAGAACAACAGUACUGGGAACCUAAGUGCUGAUUUGAGGACAUGGCUAAGUGCAGCACUUUCGAAUCCAGAGACAUGCAUGGAGGGAUUCGAAGGUACAAAUAGUGUUGUGAAGGGUUUGAUUUCAACUGGUCUUGGGCAAGUGAUGACGUUGGUGAAGCAGCUUCUUACACAAGUGGUUCCUGUGAAAGAUGAAUUGGGUAGUGGGAAGGGGAAAUUUCCUUCGUGGGUUAAACCGAGGGAAAGGAAGCUGGUACAGGCGAAUGGGGUGGCUGCAGAUGCGGUGGUGGCUGCAGAUGGGACUGGGAACUACGCUACCAUCAUGGAUGCGGUGGCGGCGGCACCAGAUUAUAGCAUGAAGCGUUUUGUCAUUUAUGUGAAGAAGGGUGUUUAUGUAGAGAAUGUUGAGAUAAAGAAGAAGAAGUGGAAUAUUAUGAUGGUUGGAGAUGGGAUGGAUGCUACUGUAAUCUCCGGUAACCGGAGCUUCAUCGACGGCUGGACCACGUUCCGUUCACCUACCUUUGCUGUUAGUGGGAGAGGAUUCAUAGGAAGAGACAUUUCCUUUCGGAACACCGCAGGUGCAGAGAAGCACCAAGCAGUGGCACUUAGAUCAGACUCAGACCUUGCCGUAUUCUACCGAUGUGGGAUCUUUGGAUACCAAGACAGCCUCUACACUCACACAAUGCGCCAAUUCUUCAGAGAAUGCAAGAUCACUGGCACUGUUGAUUUCAUCUUUGGAGACGCCACUGCAGUGUUCCAAAACUGUUUGAUCCAGCCCACCAAAGGGUUGCCAAAUCAGAAGAACACGAUCACAGCUCAAGGUAGAAAAGACCCAAAUGAACCAACGGGUUUCUCAUUCCAAUUCUGUAACAUCACUGCAGAUUCUGCUCUUCUACCCUUAGUUAGCACCACCCAGACGUACUUGGGUAGGCCAUGGAAGAUUUAUUCACGAACUGUUUUCAUGCAAUCGUACAUGAGUGACGUGAUAAGACCAGAAGGGUGGCUAGAAUGGAAUGGGAAUUUUGCUUUGGAUACAUUGUACUAUGCUGAGUACAUGAACACUGGUCCAGGUGCUGGAGUAACUAACAGAGUGAAUUGGCCAGGGUAUCAUGUAUUAAAUGAUUCUAGCGUGGCCAGUAACUUCACCGUGGCUCAAUUUAUUGAGGGGAAUCUAUGGUUACCUUCCACGGGUGUGACCUACACUGCUGCAUUCAAUUAAUAUUUUCAAAGCAACUGGCAAAUCUUGCCAUUCUUGUACUUAUAUAUAUAUAUAUAUAUAUAUAAAGUUGUUCUUUAUAUCAUUUAUAUCAUAGGAAAAACAUAUAUUAUUGAAAAAAAUGGGUGAAUGGGGGUCCUUGUUCACUUUAAUUAAUUACCUUGUACUUGAUUAUUAAUGAUUUUCCUAUUCUUGGUUUGGGAGUUCUUGGGUGAUUUUCGUUUUGGAAUUCUUCACCUAAGUUCUUGCAAAAAAAAGGUGCAAAUUCGUUU